GGGUCACAAAAGUUAGUGCACGGUGCGAGACGCGUGAGUGACUCUCUAGUGACCUAGUCUAGCCUCGAGAAACCCCAGCCCGCUCCCCACCGCCGCCGCCGCCCCGAUGGCGGGCAGCACCGCCACCGCCGACCCCUCCGAUCGCCACCACCACCAGGGCCCCGCCGCGGCGCCGGCGACCACCACCCCACGCCGCAGUAGCCGCCGCCUCACCCUCUCCUCCGUGGCGAUCCUCGUCAUCCUCGCCCUCAACCUCGGGCUCUGCGUCCGCCGCGUCCGCGACGACCGCGCCGCGGUGGCCUUCGUCGGCGCCUCCCACCUCAACCUGCUCCUCCUCUUCGGCGCGAUCCGCCGCUUCGAGCUCUCGCCGCCCGGGUCCCCGGCGCGCGGCCGUGCCAGGCUCGCCGUGUGGCUCCUGACCGCGACCCUCACCGCCGCAUUCACAUGGAAGAUCGGCGCGAUGCUGCCCCUGGGCUUCGCGGUCGCAGCCUGGGUCAUGGCGGCGGCCACAGUUAUUGGUGGGUUCUACAUGCUCUUCCUCCAUGGCGAGAAGUGAUCUAGAUCGAUCCCGUGCGAGAGUGAAUUCAUCAUCAGCGCCCGUGGAUUGGAUGUGUUCCUGUUGCUAACGUUGCUUGUAAGUUGUGAGUAUCCACCCUGCUUCUCUUCUUAUGCGCGUGCUGAGUCACAUCCGUAACAACAUAAAUAAAAGUAAAAAAAAUCCAGGGAUUUGACCUAUGAGGAUUGCUGGUAGUAGCCUAGUACCUCGUCUGAUUUCUUCUGCAUUCUGUUGAUUUCACCUGAAACAAAUCUUUCUCACCGCUCUACGAGAACAUCUGCUUUAUUUGCAGUACGGAAAAUUUCAUUUGUGGCUCCACUUGAGCAGAUGCAAAGUGGCUUCAACAGAUGCAAAAUGGCGGACAGGGAAUUCUGUCAUUGGUGGAUUCGUCCCUCGCCACAAUACUAACGCAUCUCCUUUUGGUCAGUCGAAUUGAAUCAGAGCUCUGUUUGGAUAGCAUCAUCCCCUCCCAAUACAUAUGCAGUAUAUGGCGAAGUUUGAGUGCAGUAGAUAAUUAACUUUCAGUAGUUGUACAAUCUGGAGGACCAUGCUGUCCCACUUCCUUCGUCUCGCCAAUACUGUGGGAUAGGCCGUCCCAUCAUUCAAACCCAAUAAAAAGUUAGGAUCCUUCCAUCCCUUUUGUAGAAAACUGAUCGUCCUGUCCCUAAAAGUCUAAAAGUAUGUAUCCCACCUUGAAGGGGUGUUUGAUACUAGGUGCUGAACUUUCGGAUAAUUAAACUUUCGGAUACUAAUUAGGAAGACUAAACAU